AUGGUUAAACAAUUAAUAAAGAUCUUGGAAGAUCCGACUCUGGGCAGAUAUGUGGCCGCUAACGUGGACUUGGUCGAAUGGCAAUUGGUGCUGAACGAACGGCCGUUGAUUCGCGGCCCGUCGCAGAUCACCGGUCCCGUUUGUCUGGGAUGCUUGAAAUCAAUAAGCGCGGACGCGGCAACGAGAUGUGAGAAAUGCGGAUGGCCAAUGUGUUCGGAUCCUAAGUGCGCGGACGACGAGUGGCACAGGGCGGAAUGCGAUUGGACCGUCAACCGGAGGAAACAGAAAGUCAAUAUCAAAGACUUCACUGUUCCCCAUCCAAGUUACCAAUCGAUCACGGUGAUCAGGUGCCUGUAUCAAAAGCACAACAAUCCAGAGGUUUGGGCAAAAUUGACAUCUUUGGAGUCCCACUGCUCCAGUCGUCAGGGCGGAUCCAAAUACGAGUCUGACAAGAUUUGGAUUGCGAACUACCUGCACAGGUUUUUCAAAUUGGAUCCAUCCGAAUACUCGACCGAUGAGAUACUCAGGGUCUGCGGUAUCGUCCAGGUGAACGGGCACGAAGUACCAUUGGCCGACCCUCCGUACGUGGCCAUCUACGAUACGGGUUCUAUGCUAGAGCACAGCUGCUUACCUAACUGUUCUAAGACUUUCACUAGCGACGGCCAUUUGUUGAUCAGAGUCAGAGAUACGGCAAUUAAAAAAGGAGAACAUUUAUCUAUUUGUUACACGGACUCGUUGUGGGGCACCGCUCAACGACUUGCUCAUCUGGCUGACACGAAAUUUUUCGUUUGCAAAUGUCCCAGGUGUUCCGAUCCAACUGAAUUAGGGACGUACUACAGUGGAGUCAAAUGCACAACCGAGGAUUGUAUUGGGUACGCAUUACCUAACGUCCUCCAGUCUACUAACGAUCCAUUUGAUAUUGAAUGGACUUGUAACUUUUGUUCCACGGUCGUGGAUCCUAACAGCAUUGAACUUUCUUUGGCCCACGUGGGCAAAGAUAUGGCAGCUAUGAAUCGACGAGAUCCGAAACAUUGCUGUAUGUUUUUGGAUCAUUAUGUGACUAUCGGAAAUCUGCAUCCAAAUCAUUAUUAUUUCACUGAGAUCCGUCUAAACUUGGCACAGCUCUACGGGCAGCAAGAAGGAGUGCCUUUGGAUCAGUUGUCUCAAGAACAGUUGAAUCACAAGAGAGAACUAUGUUUGAAAGUCUUAAAAAUCGCAGACGUAUUAUUUUCUGCUGAAUGUCGAAUCCGAGGUAGUUUAAUGUUUGAAUUGCACGCUGUAAUGGCGGAAGAUGCAAGGAGAUCUAGUCAAAACACUGGCACUGUGAUGGAAGCUCUUUUGAGAUCAAAGUUUUACUUGGAACAAGCUGAGAAUUUGUUGAAAUAUGAACCAAUAGAAUUGCCAGAAGGUCAAAUGGCCGCUCAAUGCAGAAACAACGCUAUAGAUCUAGACUUGUUAUUAAAAAAAUUACAUGAAUCAAUUGGUACUGGUGCACCCAUAUAAUUUGUUUUACAAUUAAUUUAAUCGUAAUGUACACUUAUAAUAAAAUGUACAGUUAAAAAUUAUA